GGGGCGGGGGGCCCCGGAGCCGGCGCGGCCUUGGCCCCGUCGAGGAGGCCGGGGGGUCGCGAGGGCGGGGCGAUGCCGGGCGGCGGCGGCGGCCCCGGCCGGGGCCCGUGACCAUGGGCAUAGCCGAGUCCACGCCGGACGAGCUGCCAUCGGACGCGGAGGAGCAACUGCGCAAUGGCGAGGAGCAGUUGGAGCUGAGCGGGAGGCGGCUGCGGCGGCUGCCCAGCGCCGUGUGCGCUCUGAGCCGCCUGCAGAAGCUGUACGUGAGCGGCACGGGGCUGCGCGAGCUGCCCGAGGAGAUCGAGGAGCUGCGCGAGCUGCGCAUCCUGGCGCUCGACUUCAACAAACUCGAGCGCCUGCCCGACGGUCUGUGUCGCCUGCCGCGCCUCACGCGCCUCUACUUGGGCAGCAACCGGCUGCCGGCACUGCCCAACGACUUCGCGCAGCUGCAGAGCCUGCGCUGCCUCUGGAUCGAGGGCAACUUCCUGCGGCGUUUCCCGCGGCCGCUGCUGCGCUUGGUGGCGCUGCAGUCGCUGCAGAUGGGCGACAACCGGUUGCGUGCGCUGCCCGCGGAGCUGCCGCGCAUGACGGGCCUGCGCGGCCUCUGGCUCUACGGCAACCGUUUCGAGGAGUUCCCGCCCGCAUUGCUGCGCAUGGGCCGCCUGCACAUCCUCGACCUAGACCGCAACCGCCUGGGCGGCUUCCCCGACCUGCACCCGCUGCGUGCCCUGCGCGUCUUCUCCUACGACCACAACCCGGUCACUGGGCCCCCCCGCGUCGCCGACACGGUCUUCCUUGUGGGCGAGGGCGCCGUCGAGCGCAUGGCCGAGCGCGACGAACCCACGCCCCGGCCGCCGCCCCGGCGCCCCGCGCGGGUCUUUGAGGAUGAGGAGGAAGAAGACCUGCUCAUAGGGGGCGGGAGCUCCCGGGCUCUGGGGCCCCCCGUGGACAGCCUCUGCACCCUGGAAGCAGCUCCAGGACUGGGCACCUGAGCCUGUGCUCUGGGUGUUUGGGCCUCGGCCACUCUGGGAGGAGGGCCUCUGGGAAGGUUUGUGGGAACGGUGGGUCCCUACUUGAGGCAGAGAAGGGGUCUCUUUGGGCAAGCUGCCGGGGACAGGCAGGCCUGGGGGUCAUCUUCAGACAUUCCAGGGUAGUGAAAAGACUGCCUACUGGCUGGUCUCUGGGCGGUCUUCAGGCCAAAAGUCCCGGUUCUGUCCAGUUCUUAUAGUUCCGUCUGGUCCCUGGUAGAGUCACUGACAACACAGUAGUAAAGGCACCAGCUUCUUCCUGGAACCAGGGUCACACUGACCAUGGAAUCAUCCCCCGUGGCUGAGUCUGGAAGCUCAGGGCACCCAGCAACCUCCCUCCUCCUGGAGUCUGGAUCUUCUAGGUCCACCCUUUCUGGUGCAGGAGCUGCUACCUCUGGAGUGGACCACAUGCCUGCUUGAGGCAGAACUGCCCCCAGAAGAGGGCCUGGCCCAGGGGCAGGGGCUUGGAGUUGGGGCUGGUGCCCAGGACAGACAGGUGUGGGAAACCGGGAUUGGGACCCUAACACCACAGCUUCCCUUGCUCCUCCACCAGGGCUUGUGGUACGUACCUCCCUCCCCAGGUCCCCUAAAUUUUAUGUGGGGAAGGGGGGGACUCAGAAGGCAAGGUCUCUGCCCUUUGCCGUUUACUCUGUUCUCUUCUUCCAGCUUGUGCCUGGAAUCUUGCUGGGAAAGAGAACAUUCCCUCCCUUCCCCACAGCCUGAGCCUUCCAGCUGUCAAGUUUGAAAAGAAGCCACUGUGCCUCUAGGGCCUCCUGCACUGGAGAGAGAGGCUCUCUACUCUGGGCGGCUGCUCCAGUGUAGCCACUGCCUGUACUCUCCAUUCCCUUAAAUGGGCACCAUCGGGGUGGCUGGCAUGGCGUGGGGCAUGGGAUGAGCACUGUGUGCCUCCACUCCGUCACCAGGACAGCCUCCGGGGGUGAGGAGUGAGGCCUCGCUCUGCAAUUCCCAGGGCCAGAUCUUUCCCAUCCAAGCAAUAAUGGGAGGAGGACCCAGGGCCAGGGCCACUCAGGGACACUGUCAGGGGCAGGGCCCCCCCCCCCAUGGUAGCGUUUUCUUUAGGAAGAAAAAAAAAAACUGGCUGUAAACAUAAAUUAUAUUUCUCGGAG